GCCCCAUAACUCUAUGGGCCGGACUUUUCCAGGCCGGCGGGAAAAAGGAGCAUCGGGAGGGGCUUGAGAAAGGGGGGGGGCGUCGCUGGACCAACUCCUCCCGCCCUGCUCUUUCUGUUGCAGGAAAAGACAUCGGAAGAGCGAGCAAGGGAGGCGGAGGGGCAGAAGAGAGGACAAAGGGGAGAAGGCGAUCCAAAUUCUGAGGAGACACCUUCAAUUUCAUUGAGAAUAAUGAAGACAAAGUUAAAAUGUGCAUAAUGUUCUUCUGUCUGUGUGCACACUGAGUUUACAAUACUGAACUCAACAGAAGAGAAACCAUCUAAAGCUAUGCAGUGCAAAAAGAGCUUGAACUGGAGUAAAACUCAUAGGAAACAUCAACAAAUGCCCAAGGGAGAGAAACCAAUUAAAUGUAUAGAGUGUGGAAAGAGCUUCAGUCAGUGUGGAGCACUUAGAAUCCAUCAAAGAAUUCACACAAAGGAAAAACCAUUUAAAUGUAUUGAGUGUGGAAAGAGCUUCAGACAAAGUGGGGACCUUAGAACACAUCAGCGAAUUCACACGGGAGAGAAACCAUUUAAAUGUAUGGAAUGUAGAAAGAGCUUUCGUCGUAGGGACGCCCUUACAAUACAUCAGCGAACUCACACCGGAGAGAAACCAUUUAAAUGUGUUGAGUGUGGAAAGAGCUUCAGUCAAAGUGGACAGCUUAGAACACAUCAGCAAAUUCACACGGGAGAGAAACCAUUUAAAUGUAUGGAAUGUAGAAAGAGCUUUUGUUGUAGGGACGCCCUUACAAUACAUCAGCGAACUCACACCGGAGAGAAACCAUUUAAAUGUGUUGAGUGUGGAAAGAGCUUCAGUCAAAGUGGACAGCUUAGAACACACCAGCGAAUUCAUACGGGAGAGAAACCAUUUAAAUGCAUGGAAUGUGGAAACAGCUUUGGUCGUAGGGACGCCCUUACAACACAUCAGCAAACUCACACAGGGAUGAAACCAUUUAAAUGUAUGGAAUGUGGAAAGAACUUCAGUCAAAGUGGAAACCUUAGUACACAUCAGAAAACUCACAUGGGGGAGAAACCAUUUAAAUGUAUGGAAUGUGGGAAGAGCUUCAGUCAAAGUGGACACCUUAGUAAACAUCAGAAAACACACACAGGGGAGAAACCAUUUAAAUGUAUGGAAUGUGGGAAGAGCUUCAGUCAAAGUGCAUACCUCAGAACACAUCAGAAAACUCACACAGGGGAGAAACCAUUUAAAUGUAUGGAGUGUGGAAAGAGCUUCAGUCAAAGUGUACUCCUUAGAGUGCACCAAAGAACUCACACAGGGGAGAGCCCAUAUAACUGCAAAGAGUGUGGAAAGAGCUUCAGUCAAAUUGGAAAUUAUAAAAGCCACCAAAGAACACACACAGGGGAGAAACCAUUUAAAUGUAUGGAGUGUGGAAAGAGUUUUCGUCAUAGUGUAACCUUUAGAACACAUCAGCGAACUCACACAGGGGAGAAACCAUAUAAAUGUAUGGAGUGUGGAAAGAGCUUCACUUCAACCAAAAACCUUAGACAGCACCAAAGAACUCACACAGGGGAGAACCCAUAUAAUUGUAUAGACUGUGGAAAGAGCUUCAGUCAAAGUGGAAAUUAUAAAAGCCACCAAAGAACUCACACAGGGGAGAAACCAUUUAAAUGUAUGGAGUGUGGAAAGAGCUUCUGUAAUGGUGGAACCCUUAGAAGGCAUCUACAGACUCACACAAAAGAGAAACCAUUUAAAUGUAUGGAAUGUGGGAAAAGCUUCAGUCAAAGUGGAAACCUUAAGAAACACCAGCGAACUCACACCAGAGAAUAACCAUUUAAAUGUAAGGAGUGUGGAAAGAGCCUCGGUCAAAGCGGACAUUUUAAAGACACCAGAGAACAUUCACAGCAGGGGGGGAAGCAUUUAAAUGUGAGGAUUGUGUGUGCAAGAACUUUACUGAUAGUGAGAAAUCAUUUACCGUAUUUUUCGCUCUAUAACACGCACCUGACCAUAACACACACAUCGUUUUUAGAGGAGGUAAACAAGGGAAAAAACAUUCUGAAUG